AUGUCGUCCUCAGCACCCCCAAGACGUUUCAAGGCGGAACCUAUCGAAACCACUGUCAAGUCUUCCAGAAAUGCGGCACCAAAGCAGUCAGAGACAGCUGAUUCCUCUAAGCCCGCUGAGGCAUCACCUAAAGCUACUCGAAGGUUCGCUCCGCAGCCUGUCGAAACCACCACUAAGUCGAACCGAAAAUUCGCCGCCGAACCAUUUGAGUUCACCUCUCGAAGCUCAAAAGCCAAGCCGGAGGAUGAGUCGAGCAGCAAAAAGCCACGAAAAUUCAGCCCCGAGCCGAUUGAGACUACGACAGCUUCAAGUCGGACCAAGGCCAGAGAAAAAGAUGAAGCAAGUAACGCUAAAGCAUUAGAAGCAUCUUCUCCUGAGAACUCUGCAGCAUCGCAAACGUCGGAGAAAAAGCCUAGGAGACGUUUCACUCCUCAACUAAUAGAGACGGCGAAACGAACACGAAAGGCUGGCGAUACAGGGCCAGCGAUACUUCCAUCUGAUAAAACAGAAGCAACACCGGGCGAUGGGCAAGAGAGUCCAAGGAAAGCGCGGAUACGACCGCCUCCUGCACCGCCAGGGAACACUCCCACCGCCUCUGUCCACGUUCCCCACUUCCUUGACAUUGAUCGAGCCAGAUCUCCAUUGUCGCUGCGCUCCAGUUCGCGAGGUAGUGUCCGAUCGCGACAUUCGUUCCGGGUUCCUGACCUUGAACCUAUCGAGUCAUCUGAGUCAGAAGGCUCUAUUCCACCAUCUCUGUCAACCUCUCCUUCGGCCUCCUCCGACCAAUCAUAUAUGUAUAAGGAGGCUACCAGAAUGAGAGAAAGUGUAGAUGACAGAUUUUCGGGAUACCUACUUGAGCUUGCUGCAAGAGCAGCUGAGAAGCAACUCCGGGAUCAGGCUAUGGCAGCCUUCCCCAACGACGAUUACCAUGAGCCUGUCGACCAUUUCAUAAACCAAGAGCUGGAUGAUACCAGUGUUAUCAUGUCCUCGGACGAAAGAGAAUCAUAUGACGAGGCAUAUGGUCGCCGGGAAUCAUCAUCAUUCAAGACUGUGAACUGGGAGUUGCUAGCCAUGCAGCAACACCGGGAACGGUUGGAGCAAGAGAGGGAGAGCGAGAGGCAGCGGGAGACCCAGGCCCAGGCUGGAAGGCCUGCUUUGGCACAGAGUCCUUGGGGGAACCCAGCAUCAGCAAUGUUCACAAACUCUUCAGCCAACAGGAACAUCAUUGGAGGCUGGCAGAAAGACGGCGAGCUCGAGCGGAUGAGGAGCGGUGCGAAGCCGCCUAUGCUUGGAAGCGACAUCGAAUUCCCCAGGUGUAGUUCACCUGAGCCAGCUCGAUUCGAUCCGACACAAGGCUCACACGCCCUCAAAAACUCCAUGUGCUAUCUUACAGAGCAGACCCAACAGGAAUCUGAACCCGAGGGUCUGUGGCACUGCAAAGAAACCUCCAGCAACCGCGCCUCCCUUUGGUCCCAACCCAAUAGCCGCACCCCGAGUGCUGGCGGUCUCUGGGGCGGGUUCUGCCAAGCAGGCACAGGAAACACACCCCCUCGAGGUCCAUCAGGCCUCAUGACCCCGAUGGUCGAGGUUGGCAACCCCUUCGAGAUAUCUUCGCCCCCCUCAUCCCCUGUCAAGAAUGACCUGCCCCCUUCCCCACCCCCUUCCAACCCCGACAUCACCAGCAUCGACGACCGCCUCAGCAACGAAAUAGCCCUUCAGAAGGAAUUCAGCGAUGACUUCGUCACGCAGGUCUACAACUACCUCUCACUCGGCUACCCUUCCAUCGCCCGUAACUUCGACGGCGAACUCUCCAAGAUCUCGCGAAUUCCGAUUCUAGAACUAAGGCAGGACGACCAUCUCGCGACAUCGCGCGGGUAUAUCCGUCUCGGCGAGGAUGGCAAUCUGAGGGAUAGCGAGAUCACCGAGGAGACGUGUGUGAGGUGGAAGGCGCUGCGGUCGUAUAUCCAAGAGUGGGCGAGGCAGCAACCCAAGAUGAGCCCGGUGGAUGGAACGAUGGGAGUUGGUGUUGCCGUGAGGAGAGGCAGUUGGGCAUUUUGA